UCAUAGGUUUGCCUACCAGAAUGGAGCUGCAUCAGCUGAUGAGAAAUCCCCUUUAUGUCUAUCGGUGAGUAAAAGAGGCACCAAUGCUGUGUGUCGGAGAGGAAGGAGAUCACGAAACCCUUCUAUAAUAGCAGCCGGGCGAUCCAGAAGAGAAUGAGAAAAAGUAUUUCAGGUUGAUGUCCAUCAUCAAUGGACUUGGAACAGAAAGGAAAAGAAAAGAAAAAUCUGUUGUCUCCCCAAACUGAGCAUAGCUUCACAUCGUUUUCAUUGGAACCAUGGAGAAUAGUAGCAGCAAGUUGGAGAACCCCACCAACGUGUCCCUAGAUGCUGCGUUGGGUCUGCUACAAUACAAGGUCAUCUCUGUCUUCCUCGUGUUGGGUAUUUGUGUGGUCGGCAUCGUCGGCAACGUCAUGGUGGUGCUGGUGGUGCUCACGGCCCGGCACAUGCGGACGCCGACCAACUGCUACCUGGUCAGUUUGGCCGUGGCUGAUCUGAUGGUGCUGGUGGCCGCCGGGCUGCCCAACGUGACUGACAGCUUGGCUGGGACCUGGGUCUACGGCUUUGCCGGGUGCCUUGGUAUCACCUACUUCCAGUACCUGGGCAUCAACGCCUCGUCUUGCUCCAUUACGGCCUUCACCGUGGAAAGGUAUAUUGCCCUCUGCCACCCAAUCAGGGCCCAGACGAUGUGCACUGUCUCGCGCGCCAAGCGCAUCAUUGCCUUGGUCUGGGUGGUUACUUCGCUCUACUGCCUCAUCUGGUUCUUCCUGGUGGACAUCGCAGUCAACGCCAGCCAGCAGCUGGAGUGUGGCUACAAGGUCUCUCGCAACCUCUACCUGCCCAUCUACCUGCUGGACUUUGCCCUCUUCUUUGUCACCCCGCUGUCCCUUGUCACCGUCCUCUAUGCUCUCAUUGGGAAAGUCCUCUUCCACAGUCCCGUUUUGCCACAGGAUACAACCAUAAGAGACGGCAAAGAUGCCACCCAGAACCGGACUACUGGGCCAAGAAGCAGGGUCCACGUCUCCUCCAGGAAACAGGUGACCAAGAUGCUGGCGGUGGUGGUGGUGCUCUUUGCCCUGCUCUGGAUGCCCUACCGGACCCUGGUGCUGGUCAACUCCUUUGUGGUGCAACCCUACCUGGACCGCUGGUUCCUCCUCUUCUGCAGGGUCUGCAUCUACACCAACAGCGCCAUCAACCCCAUUAUCUACAACGCCAUGUCCCAGAAGUUCCGCCUGGCCUUCAAGGGCCUCUGCAAGUGUGGGAAGGAGGCGCACCAAAGGCAGAGGCGGACAGCCAGCUCCUGUGUGGCCCCCACUGGCUCUAGCAUACGGAAAGAGGCCAGUGUCCAGCGGCCGGAGAAUGCCAAGGCCGGAGAACCAGAGGAGAAGGACUCUACCACUUGGAGGCAGCAGUCAAUAUCCAGAGAAAAAGAGAAGGGAUCCAACUUCAGUGUCCUCUAAAGAAAGCCUGGGCCAAUUUCAGCCCUUCAGUGUUUUGGACUUCUCCACCUUCAACCUCACCUUCUCAGCCAAUUCGCCUUCUUGGCUUUGGCCUUUUCCUCAUUGAUCUUGAUCUUGAACUCUUCAGCAAUUCCCAGUCUUCACCAUUUGCUUCUUCUUCAUCUUCACUUUCAUCUUCUCCUUCCUUCCUCUUCAAUGAAUUCCUCUCCUUCUCCUCUUCAACAAUUCCCAUCAUUCACCUUCUCCUUCUACAUUUUCCCCCUUCAACAAUUCCCAUCAUUCACCU